AUGGCAGAUAGUGAUGAUGAAUAUGAUAGAAAACGGAGGGAUAAGUUCCGUGGGGAAAGAGCAGAACCAGCUUAUAGAGGCACUGAUAGGGUUGCAAGACCUCGUGAUGAAUGGUCAGAAAGAGAUUCUUGGUCAAGGCCGCGUCCAAGGGAAUACAGAGCUGGGGGGGUCAGGGAUAGGGGCUAUUCUCCCAGUUUAGAGCCUGCUGCGAAAAGAGUUAGACAUGACUAUUAUGGUGAUAACUUCUAUAAUCACUAUGGUUCUUUCCAUCAACCUCCUCACAGAGGUUAUUUCUUCAGAGAAUCAGCGCCUUCCUCUCAGGUCGAAGGCCAGCAGCCCCCAAUGAUGUCCUUUAAGGCGUUUCUGGCCACACAGGAUGACAAUAUAUCUGAUAGUGAGGCUAUAGAGAAAUAUAAUGAUUACAAGUUAGAGUUCCAGAGGCAGCAGCUCAACGAAUUUUUUGUUGCACAUAAGGAUGAUGAGUGGUUCAGAAUGAAAUACCAUCCAGAGGAGUCUGUCAAGAGAAAAAAUGAACAAACUGCUGCACUUAAGAGGCGUGUUGAGGUAUUUGUGGAGUUGCUUAAAUCAGGAAAAAUUGAUAAUGUUUCUGUAGAUGGCUCCAGAACCAAUGAUUUACUGAAACUAUUGGAUACUGUUGUUAUAAAAUUGGAAGGAGGAACAGAAGAAGAUCUUGCAUUGCUCGAACAAGAGUAUGAAGAAAUGGAGAAAAAAUACCAAGAACUUAAAGCCAAAGAAGUAGAAGCUGAUAAGGCGAAAGAAAAGGAAAUUGUGGCCAAAAAAGAAGAUCAAGAAGAGAAACAAGACAGUCAGAAAAAAGAUGAUGAAGAAAACAAGCCAAAUGGUAACGAUAAAGAUGAAGAAGGCGAAAUAACUGGUGGAAGUGAAAAAAACGUCGGAAUGGAAGAAGGGGAACAUAAUGAUGAUGAAGAAAAAGAUGAGGAUGAAAAACAUGAUGAACCGAAAGGGGAUGAAGAAAAAGAAGAAGUUGAUGAAAAGAAAGUGGAAGAUGAUAACAAGGAAAAAGAAGAUAGUAGUGAAAAAGAAAAAAAUGACGAAGAAGAAAAGGACAAAGACGAGAAAAUGGAUGCUGAAGACGAAGUUCAGAAGUCUGAAGAGCUUGUGGAUAAACCAAUAGAGAAAGAGAAGAAACGAAAACGAUCAUAUUCAGGUAGUAGCAGCGGCUCAUCGAGCAGUAGCAGCGAUACGGAAGAGGAAAAUGAAAAUAAGGAAGAGAAACAGGAAACAGAAGCUGCAAGAAAAAGCCCUGUCGAGAAGAACAAAGAAGAAGUGGAAAUACACUCGGUUGAUGAUGACAGCGUGAAACCUGAGAAGCCGAAAUCCCUUCAUAAGACAACUUCGAUAUUCUUGAGAAAUCUUGCUCCUACCAUUACGAGACAAGAAAUAGAGGUCAUCUGUGGCCGAUAUGAUGGAUUCUUGAGAGUAGCUCUUGCAGAUCCUCAGCCUGAACGUAGAUGGAUGCGGCGUGGCUGGGUAACUUUCAAAAGAGAUGCCAACAUCAAAGAAAUUUGUUGGAAUUUGAACAAUGUCAGGUUGAGAGAUUGCGAGCUCGGUGCCAUCGUCAACCGAGAUCUGAGCAGGCGCAUCAGGCCCAUUAACGGUAUAACAGCACACAAACAAGUGGUCAGGUCAGAUAUCAGGAUAUCGGCAAGAACUGUUCUGCAUCUUGACACUAAAGCGGGGCUAUGGCUUGACCAGGAGGAAAAAAAAGAAAAACUCCAGCAAACAUUUGGAUUGGUGUCCAACAACCCUGUCCUGCACAACAUCACAGAUUAUUUGAUUGAGGAAGCAAGUGCGGAAGAAGACGAGUUACUAGGUUUGGAACCGAGUGCCGAGUCUCAGCUGGCCACUUCUGUGGUGGAAAGAGACGAAAUAUUGACGGCCGUUUUGGAUCGUAUCAUUUUGUACUUGAGAAUAGUACAUUCUGUGGACUACUAUAAUCAUUGCGAUUAUCCGAAUGAGGACGAGAUGCCCAAUAGGUGCGGCAUUUUACACGCCAGAGGACCGCCUCCUUACUCCAAGACCGAGAUGACACAAUUCAUUGGUGCAGCUGUCGAGGCCAAGAUGUCUGCAUUCUUGCCUGACAAAAAUAAAGAGGAGAAAGAGAAGAAUGAAACCAAACUGGUCGACUUGGCUCUGAAAGAUGUGGACACAGAAGUUGACAAGUUUGUGCAAGCAAAUACAAGAGAAUUGUCCAAGGAUAAGUGGCUUUGUCCGUUGUCUGGAAAGAAGUUCAAGGGGCCUGACUUUGUAAGAAAGCAUAUAUUCAACAAGCAUGCAGAAAAAAUCGAAGAAGUGAAAAAAGAAGUAGAAUUUUUCAACAACUACCUCAAGGAUCCGAAAAGGCCAAUGUUGGCGGAAGCCCCACAGCCAAGAAGAGAGGAGGCACCAAGCUAUAGCCACUCUUUUGGGGGAUAUGCUGGUCCUGGAUAUGGAAGACCUGCUCCAUAUUACAAUCAAUCAUUCCCUCAGAGGGCACGAGGGUACCAACCACGUUCAAGGGGGGCACCUGGUGGAGACUUUAGACCUGUUAUUCACUACAGAGAUCUUGACGCACCUAGAGAACCUGAAGAAUUUAUUUAA